AUGAAAAAUAGUGAUGAGAAAAGUAUUGAACCAUUACGUAUGUUACCACGAUUUGAUUCCCAAGUGAUUCUCAAUGAAACACAUUUGAAACAAAUAAUAUCUCAAUCAAAUUUAAUCUAUCGAUAUAAUUCAUUAUCAUCUGAGAAUAUUAUUUAUUAUGAUACAAUAAAUAAAAAGAAAAUUGAUAAAAAUUUUCUUACAUCUCAAACAGUAUCUCAUCCACAACUAACAUAUUUAUUAUUACCAAGAUUUAAUUCUUAUCAUCAACAAAAUUUUUAUAAUGAAAAUCAAUCAACAGAUAUUACAAUAAAAACAAAAAUAAAUGAUCAUUCAAAAAAAAUUGAUAUUAAAUUUUUCGAACGAACAUAUGAUCAAUCUGGUAAAAAUUGUUUAUUAACAGUUAAUAAUAAAAUUAAAAAAUUUGAUCUUGAGUAUGUUUAUACAGUCAUUGGUGAUUCUCUUGAAUCUUAUAUUCGUUAUCGAAAAUUAAAUCAUUGUAAAGCAUUAUCAAAUUUUCUUGAAUAUCGUAAUAAAGUUUACAAACGUGAAAAAAUUGCUCAAUAUGCAUCAUUGAAAACUAAAGAGAUAUAUCCUUCACAAACAACAAAUAUACCAACACAAAUAAUUAAAUUAGAAGAAAGUCAAACUUCACCUUCAAUUAUAUCACAAACAUCUUCAUCAAAUAUUAUUCCAUCAUCAAAAUCAUUGAUCUCAGAAAGAUCUGAAAAUCUAUCAUCACCAAUCUUGAAAGAAGAAUUCAUUCAAAUACCUUCAUCUGACUUAUUAAAAACUUUACCAUCAAAAUCUAUUCAACGUAUUACUACACCAAAACAACCUACUAACAAUAUUUCAAAAAAAGCCAAUGGUAUUAUCAAACAAACUCCAACAUCAUUUGUCAAAGGUCAGUCGUGA